CACCCUCGUUGCCCUUUGCCUUGUUUCUGCCAUCAGCUCCAUCACCUUGCAACUCUGUCAAGAGUUCUGUGCUGGUGUCAAUGGUGGUGAAUCUUACGCAUUCUGCUCUCCAUGGAUCAGUUUUGCCACUCACAGAAACAAGACUUGCUACAAUCUCUGUGUUCAUAACUGUGCUGCUGUCUAUGAUGGUUCCUGCACAACUGAUAAAGACUUCAGAUGCUGCUUGAAAACUACUCCAGCCAAGAAACAAGAAUUCAAGAUGAGUGGUUGCAACAAGCUUUACAACAAUCUUUAAAUGAGUUCUCUGUUUGUUUUUCUUCAGUCAUUUUAAUUAAAAAAGAGUAAACCGUGAAAUAUGUACGAAAUGUUUUAAGAAGUGCAUUUCUGCAAAAAAAAACCUUUUGAAUUGAAACCGUCAUAAUGAAAUUAGAUAAAAAGACACCAUCACUUGAACAGUAAUCCUGGAGUCUGAAACAUCAUUUUUUGGAUUAUAUUGUUUCUCGUUGGCAAGUGGCUAAAAAUAAUUUUAAAAUUUUUGACUUGUACAAGGAAAAAUAGUUGAGCGAGACAAAUAUUACAAUCUUUAAAAUCGUGCCUAAUGAUUUUUUUUAAAUUUCAGUUUUGUUAUAAUAACAAAGUACUUAGGAUAUGACUUACUAUGUCUUCCCAGUGGAAGACUAUUGGAUAACAAACGUUUUAAUAUGUUAAACCUUCAAAAAAACAUAGAGUAUAUAGGUCUUGUUCGAACGAAAUAUGUACUUAUUUAUCCAGUGCCAUUAUUGAUUUCUUUCUACUGAUUAAAACAGUCAUAUACAUGUGUAGCAGGAGUGGGCGGCUAAUUCGGCUAAUAGCCGAAUCAGCCGUCAGCCGAUCUUUAGGGCUCUCUAGGGUAGGCUAGGGUCUGAGGUAGGGCUCUCUAGGGUCUGGGGCAGAGGUGGGCGGCUAAUAGCCGAAUUAGCCAAGUUCGUCGAUCAGCUAAUUUGGCUAAUAUUAGCCGAACUAGCCGUUAGCCGAAACUUUUGAAACACCGUUUCAGCCGAAUUAGCCGUUAGCCGAAAAAAAAAACGAUUAGCCGCCCACCCCUGAUGUGUAGUAGCUGUAUCCUGAAAUGUUUGCGCACGGUGCGCUAUUCAGUAUGUUACAAAGAAAAUAACUUUCCGUUUCAUUAAAUGCUUUCCACAAAAAACUACUGGUUUUUAUUUUAACGCUGAAAUUUGUUCAACACCUUGGAAAAGCACACCAAUCUCACGUGAAUUCAAACAACACCUCACUUUCGUAAUGCUCACACACACCUUGAAAACAUUUACAAAAAAACAUAUUUUUGUCAUUUUCCAGUAUUCUUUAGCUUUCCCUAUCAAUUUAAAAAUAUUUUGUUGCGUACAGUCAUAUUCGAGAAAACAACGAGACAAGGCAGAACUUGGUCAUUCCCAACCUUUCGAACAUUUAUCAAAAAAUAUCUUAUCACUUCCAACUAUUCGUUUUCUCUUGUUAAUUUCUUUGUCUAUCUAUACUUUUUCAUAUGAAACCGAGAAUCUUGAAAAAGUGACUGCUGGCGCCUCCCACUUUAUCCAUUCAUGCAAUUGAUGCUGUCAUAUUGCUGUGUCGUUUGAUUCUCGCUAUCACAAGUUUGAAAAAUGAACGAGACGCCCAACGAGCCUACACCGUCCAAAAUCGUAUGUGACAAAGUGACUAAACAAAUUGAAAUUCCAAAGAAUCUGACAAUGUCUGAAAUUCAAAUGCUGACACCGCCAUUUAUGAAAUCCGCGCCAAGGCCGAAGAUUCGCAUUCAACCACCAAUUAUAUCCCCUGUUCAACAUACGCCGAGUGAAAGAUUUGACAUCUGGGAAAAUUCAAGCUUCCAGAGCUCGCUUCAUCCUCCUGAGCCAACACUACAUUCUGGAAAUUGGUCAUCUGUGUCAAAUUCCACACCUAUCCCAAUUCCUAAAGUAACCCAAGUUAAGAAUGAUUUCGGGAAAACAAAGAGACGAACAAAGAAAUCAAUCAACCCAAAAAGAGUCGCAGCACAAAUCAAACUGAAAUAUCAAAACUCACAACUUCAGUCACAAACCCAGACAUCUCAACUGCCUUCAAGUUUCUCUAAUCCACCGUAUUAUCCUCAAGACCCUGCGCCUAUAACUCAUCAACAAACUGGAACUUCUGAUACGAAAACAUAUUGUUCACUUUAACAAAUAAACUGUAAAAAAAAAUCAA